CUGUUUCCUUUCUUGGGAAAACUUGUUUUCUUUUCAUAUUGUUAAUCACUUUGUUUGUUUGUUAAUUGUAAUUAAAAUAAUCACAAUCAUUUUCUAGUUUUCUCUUUAUUAAUUUAAACCUCAAACAAUUGAAUAUUCUCUUUUUGAUAGUUUAAUAUUCUUUCAAAGUUUUUUUUUUACCUUUCAAACGUUUGAUUGUGUUGAUUGAAUGGUGAUCAUGUUAAUCCACCAGCAGAAGAAUCAACAAAAAGAGUUUUUUUUUCUUUUCUAAAAUUCAAAAAUUCUCUUUUGUGUUCUGCAGUUGUUUUAAACUUCUCUUUAGACUUUGGUUAAAACAAAGAAAUUGAUUGUUGUUAACAAGCUAAAUUGACCCGAAAUUACAGUUAUUACCAAUUUUUCUUAAGACUUGUCAACUAUUGAGAGAGACAGAAAGUGGUCAAACCUCCGCCCGAUUCCCACUUGAACCAUAAUUAACGUUCUCAGUUGAGGAGUAAACAAGUGAUUAGGAAGGAAACACAACAACAAACGGACUCAGGACCAAAUUCAAAAAACCGGUUACCUCGACUCGCGUCUUAAGUAUACAGAAAACUGGUUGUUCUUGGUUAGUGUGAGCCAGAUGCUCAGAAUCUCUGCUCGCAACUCUUUUUAUUGUUUGGUCCUUUUGACCUCUUUUUUUCAUCAUCAUCAUCAUCAUCAUCGUUUUCAUCAUCUCUUCAUCAACAACAACAUUUAAAAACAUUCACGCCAACAACUUGAGAAGAUCAAAAUUGUAAAUCAUCAUCAUCAUAGUUUUUGUUUUCCUUCUUUCUCUUGUGUUUCCUAUUUGUUGUUGUUUGUGCGUUUGGUUUGAUCGUUGUUGGUGUUUUGGUGAGUUGGUGUUUUCUGUCGUUGGAUAUUUACCUUAAUCGACUUUCUAAAAUCUCUGCCAAAUGGGUUCGACCAAAGUGAUUUCCUUUCUUAAAUCUCCAUUGGUUACCUGGAUUAAAACUUUCCAACAGGAAAAUUGUAGUGAUAUUGUGACCACCAAUGGUACUAAUGGUACUUGUUUGGUUAAUUGUGAUUUAGUUGAUUGUUAUAAACUUUUUGAUGGUGUCUUUUUAAAUUCGGUUUGGCAGCGAAUUGAAACAAAUGGUUCAUCUCUAAGUCAUUCAGAUACCAUUGAGGAAACAAAUGAUUCAAUUGUUUACCGAAUUCGUAGUUUAAAUUUACUUCUUGAUAAGAUUCGGACAUUUUAUUCAGAAUCUUUGGGUCAACUUUUGGUUCUUAAAUUGCCCGAUGUGGUCAACAUUGGCAAAGAUCCCGAAGAUGAGGUUAACCAAGAAGAUUUGGAAACUUUUCUCCUUCUCUUACUUGGCUCAGCGGUUCAAUGUGAGUCUAAAGAGCGUUUCAUUGAAGCCAUAACCGCACUCGAUUUAACUGUUCAACAUUCAAUUGUUGAAUGUAUUCAACAGAUAACCGAUAAUCCAUCAUCUGUAUGGAGUAACUCUGAUUGGGGUGAACUUUCACUAAUCCCUGAAGUUGAUCAAGUCCGAAUGUAUUCAACUCUUGUCAGUAAUGUUAAUAAAUUGGUUAAAGAGCGUGAUGACCUGGCCCAACGAGUAGUUGACCUGGCCCUUGAAAUUGAAAAUCUCAAAUCCAAAGAAUCUUGUUCCGUUGUAUCUUCUUCAUCUCAUUCCCACCAUCACCAUCACCAUCAUCAUUCAACUCCCACAUCAAUACCAACCUCAACUUCCAGUAAUGGAACCUUAUUAGCCUCUUCUCCUCAUAACGGACAAGUUGGACCUUCAACAACGCCAAAUCCAUCAUCACCCUUGUACAAAUCAUACUCUUCCUCUUCAGUGUCCAGUUUACUUACACUGAAUAACACAGAAUCUCGGUCUCAUCUUUAUGAAUUAGAUGAGGCCAAAUCAAAAUAUCGUAAAGCGAUCGCUGAAUUGGAAGAGAAAACUGAACUAAUUAAUGAAUUGAAAGAAACAUUAGAACAAAGUAAAGAGACUUGCAAUAAACUUCGUUCAGAGAAUUUGGAAUUGAUUCAAGAAACACGAUCAGUUAAAGCAUAUCGAGACGAAAUUGAUGUUCUAAAUGAACGCGUUCGAAAAGUUGAUCGCCUUGAAAAGGAAGUGCAAAGUUAUCGAGAUAAAAUAAACGAAUUAACUUUCUACAAGUCAAGGGUAGAAGAACUGAGAGAAGAUAAUCGAAUUCUCGAUGAGACCAAAUCGAUGUUGGAAGAACAAUUGGAAGUAAGUCGAAAAAAGUCAGAACAAAUACCCGAAUUGGAGACUCAAUUGUUACAAUUAAAGGCUUGUUCGAAUGAAUUAAAAUUCCAACAAGAAAUGGACAGAGAAAAGAUUGAAUCUCUCAUGGAAGAAGUGACCUCACUUCAGGUUGAAAAGAAAGCUGUGAUCGAUGAACUUGCUCAAGUACAGAAAGAAUUGAAUAAUCUUCGAAAUCAAUAUGCCGCUAAUCAAUCCAAUGGAUCACCAAAUGGCCUCGAGUCGAAUUUACUUGAACAAUUGAACAACGAUGCAUCUAAAAGAGUAUUAAAACUUGAGCUGGAAAAUCAAAAGUUACAUUCGCUUAUUGAGAAUAUGAAAAACGAUGAGACUUGUAACAAACUUCGAACCGAGAAUUUAAAGUUACAACAAGAGGCCAAAGCAGUAAAAGUUUAUCGUGAAGAGAUCGAACGUCUUAAUGAGCGAGUUCGAAAAAUAGAUAGCCUGGAGAGAGAAGUUGAAAGUUAUCGAGAUAAAAUAAAUGAAUUAACUUUCUACAAAUCGAGAGUUGAUGAAUUAAGAGACGAGAAUCGUCGACUUGAUGAGACAAGGUCAUUACUCGAGGAAAAGCUUGACCUAAGUCGGAAAACAGUUGAACAAAUGUCCGAAUUGGAAAAUGAAUUCAUCCAAUUACAAUCAUAUUCUGAAGAGUUACGAUUCCAACAGGACAUGGAUAAAGAUAGAAUCGUUUCUCUAAUAGAGGAAAUCACCAAUCUACAGAUUGAAAAGAAAGCUGCUAUUGAGAAACUAACUCAGGUACAGGGUGAACUUCAUAAUAUAAGAAGUCAAUGGACUACUAAUGAUCAUGUCGUGUCACCACCACCGCAACAACCACCACAGCAACAACAACAACAACUUCUACCACAAGCAACAAUUGAACGUCACAAUGAAACACUAGUUAACUGUAAUAUUAAAUUAAAUCAGCAACUUUACCUACAACAAACUUUAAAACCCUCUGAUCAUCAGAGUCUUGGUGUCCCUGGAUCUUCAGAAAUUUAUAGUCAUCAUCAUCAUCAUCACCUUCUCCACCAUCAUCCUCAUUCUCAUGCUCUUCCUCAUACACGCCUACACCUUCAACCAUAUACAAAUAAUGAUGAAGUUAAUCAUGACUCUCAACGUAAUCAAAGGCAAAAUCAUGAGACAGAUAGUAAGCUCAAUGGAAGCAAUUCAACCUGGUAUGAAUAUGGAUGCGUUUAAAAGUCUUGAUCAUCAUCGUAAUUAAUUCAAAUUUAAUCAGUAACCAGCAUCCACUCAUCAUGGUUGAUAACUUUUACCUGAAAUAAGUCUCAUUAUUUAUUUGGAUGACAAUUAACAUCAACAACAAAGAAAACAACAUAAACAAGAAACCCAAGGAAUCUUUUAAAACAUUAAUGAUUCAGCUGAUUUAAUAUCUUUCAUCUUUUAAUUGUUUUUGCAUGAACGUUAAUAAGAAAGAUAAUUACAGUUAAUUUUUUGAAUUGUGAUGUAUUACAAUCUUAAUUUUGACAAUUUGUAAAAUUUUUUUUUGUAAAAUGACAAAUUUUGUGAUACAAACAUCAACAACUUUCCAAUUCUAUUUAUAAAUUAACAAUUAACCCUUUCAACAAAUUGCUAUGUGUCCAUCAUUAUCGGAUAAUCCUAAUCAUAUUUGAUUCUAGGUAUUUAAGAUGAGCAAUUAACAAUGAAACAUUGAAAGUCUUACAAACAAUUACAAUCAAUCAAAGGACAAUUAAGGUAUGGUCUUAAUUGGUACAAACUGGUUUCUCUCUUGUUAAUUGUCCUAAAUUGUAAACAAUCUUAACAAUUCACCAAAGGCUUGUCUCGUUGAUGAUGGAGAUAAUUAAAUAAUUACAACUCAAGCAAUUAGAACUAUUUUUCUUUCUAAAUUGCUUAUUUACUCAAGAGAUAAUCAACUGACCAAGGCUAUUAAACAAACCACAAUUGAACAUUCAUCUAUAAG